UGUAGUUUUUAAACGACUGCAGUUAAAACUACUGCCGGACCCGUUUACGGCAUGUCGUGAAGAGGAGCGAGGAGGAGGAAAGCAGCACACGUGCGUCCACAGCAGGACUGAGCUGAUGGAUGAUCCUCCGUACAGAGAGGAAGAGGAAGAGGAUGAGGAGGAGUCGUCCCCGGUGGUUGGGGUCAGCCUGUGUGACUCCGCCCCCUUGCUGUGGAGGGCGGAGGACCUGCGUGCGGUGAGGUCUCAGGGCCUGGUGGGGGCGCUGCUGGGGUCGCUGGCUCGGACCCCCCGACAGAACAGCCGUCUGGGCCGCCCGCUGCUGCUGCUGCCGGAGGAGGAGAGACUGCUGACGGAGCGCCACGCCGCCGCCACCGCCACCGCAGCACCGCCUGGGUCAAAGGAGGCGGGAGGGGCGGAGCUCCGUCAGCAGGUGGAGCAGUAUGAGGAGGAGCAGCAGAGGAGUUAUGAGGAGCAGAGUGUCCUCGCUCUGGAGGACAGGAAGUCAGCGCUGCGCAGAGCCAUGACGUCAUCGCACACAGAUCCUGGAGCUGGGACCACAGAUGAAGCCCUGCAGGGCCGCCUGGAGGCCCUGGACCAGAGCUUUACCUUCCCUCGGUCCGGGAUGGCGGUCCAGCUGAGCACGGCGAGGGCGGGGCUAUCGUACUGCCCCGAGGCCCGGGACUUCCUGCAGGCUGAUUGGCUGAUGAGAAAGCGGGACGACCCGCGCGGCGCCGCCAGGUACCAGGUGUUCAUAGACCUGAGGGGGCGGGGCUUCUACCUGACCUCUGCCGGGAAGUUCGGGGGAGACUUCCUCGUCUAUCCAGGCGACCCUCUCCGUUUCCACGCUCACUUCAUCGCCGUGUGUGUGUCUCUGGACGAGUCCGUCUGUCUGCUGGACGUCCUCGCCAUCGCUCGCCUCGGAUCCAACGUGAAGAAGACGGUCCUGCUCUGCUCGCCGGGGGCAGGCGGGGGCGUGGCCUACACCUCGCUACAGUGGAGCGGGAUGGUCUGAAGAACCAGCAAGAACCAGUAAGACCAGUUUGGUCCAGCUGGUGCGUUCAGGAACCGCUUCCUGUUUCCUGGUUGUCACAGUAACACAGAGACCUCCUUCAGGGCCGCUGCCGGUCCCCGUGCUGGUCCCCGAGCCGGAGUUUGGGAACCACGGCUUGAAGAACAGUUUGUGAUAAAUGGAGAAAACAACAUUUAAUCAUCUGAACUGAGACUACUGAUGACUGAUGAUUGUUCUCGGUGUGCAGACACAGAACAUACGGAAGAUUUAAAGCCAAAGAAGGAAAGAGGAACUAACAUAUUUUCAUUAUUGAUUCAUCGGACAAAUAUAGUUUGUAAAAAAAUGUGAAGCCCUCAAAGU